CGCACUAGAGGCCGGACAGUGGCGGGAUCCGACGUCUGACUGGACCCGGCUGACUGAACUGAGCGCGGCAGCGGCGGCGAGGGCUUCGUGGCCCCGGCUACCCGCCAGGUCGCAGAGACUAGCAGGGUCUAGCGGGCAGCCGGCGGCGCAGGCACAAUGGGGAACCGGGAGAUGGAGGAGCUGAUCCCUCUGGUGAACCGUCUGCAGGACGCUUUCUCCUCGCUGGGACAGAGCUGUCUGCUGGAGCUGCCGCAGAUCGCCGUGGUGGGCGGCCAGAGCGCCGGCAAGAGCUCGGUGCUCGAGAACUUCGUGGGCAGGGACUUUCUCCCUCGAGGGUCAGGCAUUGUAACGAGAAGGCCUCUUGUGCUGCAGCUUGUUACUUCCAAAGCAGAAUAUGCAGAAUUUCUACAUUGCAAAGGAAGAAAAAUUACAGAUUUUGAUGAAGUUCGCCAUGAGAUUGAAGCAGAAACAGAUCGAGUAACCGGAAUGAAUAAAGGGAUUUCCUCCAUACCCAUUAAUUUACGAGUCUAUUCCCCACAUGUGUUAAAUCUAACCCUUAUCGACCUGCCUGGAAUUACUAAAGUGCCCGUGGGAGAUCAGCCACCAGAUAUUGAGUACCAGAUCAGAGAGAUGAUUAUGCAGUUCAUCACACGGGAGAACUGUCUGAUUUUGGCUGUUACCCCAGCCAACACCGAUCUUGCAAACUCAGAUGCACUGAAACUAGCUAAAGAAGUUGAUCCUCAAGGUCUCAGAACCAUUGGAGUCAUCACCAAACUGGAUCUUAUGGAUGAGGGAACGGAUGCCAGGGAUAUCCUAGAGAAUAAGCUGCUGCCGCUUCGCAGGGGUUACAUUGGGGUGGUAAACAGGAGCCAGAAGGACAUAGAUGGGAAGAAGGAUAUAAAGGCUGCCACGUUGGCAGAAAGGAAAUUUUUUCUCUCACACCCGGCUUACAGACAUAUUGCUGAUCGGAUGGGGACCCCACACCUUCAGAAGGUCCUUAAUCAGCAACUUACCAACCACAUUCGAGACACCCUACCUAACUUCAGGAACAAACUGCAGGGACAGUUGCUGUCCAUAGAACACGAAGUAGAAGCCUAUAAAAACUUCAGGCCAGAAGACCCCACCAGGAAGACCAAAGCAUUGCUGCAGAUGGUUCAGCAAUUCGCUGUGGACUUUGAGAAGAGAAUUGAAGGGUCAGGGGAUCAAGUAGAUACCCUGGAGCUCUCAGGGGGUGCUAAAAUCAAUCGUAUUUUCCAUGAACGUUUUCCUUUUGAGAUAGUAAAGAUGGAGUUCAAUGAGAAAGAACUGCGAAGAGAAAUAAGCUAUGCAAUCAAAAACAUACAUGGUAUCAGGACAGGGUUGUUUACUCCAGACAUGGCAUUCGAAGCAAUAGUCAAAAAACAAAUUGUAAAGCUGAAAGGGCCUUCCUUGAAGAGUGUAGAUCUGGUAAUACAAGAAUUAAUCAACACUGUCAAGAAGUGUACCAAAAAACUGGCAAACUUCCCCAGACUCUGCGAGGAAACGGAAAGGAUUGUUGCUAACCACAUUCGUGAGCGAGAAGGGAAGACAAAGGACCAGGUACUGCUGUUGAUCGACAUCCAAGUCUCCUACAUCAACACCAACCACGAAGAUUUCAUUGGCUUCGCAAAUGCUCAGCAGAGGAGCAGUCAGGUUCACAAGAAAAACACAAUUGGAAAUCAGGGAACCAAUCUUCCGCCUUCAAGGCAAAUUGUGAUUCGCAAGGGAUGGCUAACCAUCAGCAACAUUGGCAUCAUGAAAGGAGGCUCCAAGGGAUACUGGUUCGUCCUUACUGCUGAAAGCUUAUCCUGGUACAAAGAUGAUGAGGAAAAAGAAAAGAAGUAUAUGCUUCCCUUGGACAACCUGAAAGUUCGGGAUGUGGAAAAAAGCUUUAUGUCUAGCAAGCACAUCUUUGCACUCUUUAAUACCGAACAAAGGAAUGUAUACAAAGACUAUCGCUUUCUCGAGCUGGCAUGUGAUUCACAGGAGGAUGUAGACAGCUGGAAGGCAUCUCUACUAAGAGCUGGGGUUUAUCCAGAUAAAUCUUUAACUGAAAAUGAUGAGAAUGGCCAAGCAGAAAACUUUUCCAUGGACCCACAGUUGGAGAGGCAAGUGGAGACCAUUCGCAACCUCGUAGACUCCUACAUGUCUAUUAUCAACAAAUGUAUCCGAGACCUAAUUCCAAAAACGAUAAUGCAUCUUAUGAUCAAUAAUGUUAAAGAUUUCAUAAAUUCUGAGCUCCUAGCACAGUUAUAUUCUUCAGAGGACCAAAAUACUCUGAUGGAGGAAUCUGCGGAACAGGCUCAGCGCCGGGAUGAGAUGCUUCGAAUGUACCAAGCCCUUAAAGAAGCCCUCGUGGUCAUCGGUGACAUCAACACAUCCACGACGUUCACGCCCGCACCGCCGCCAGUGGACGACUCCUGGAUCCAGCAUUCCCGCAGGAUGAAUUCCAACGGAGAGGAGGAUGGGCAAACUGCUGUCGGUCUCUGCCCCCAGGUCCCCGCCUCCAAGCCCCACCCAGCGGAGACCGACGCUGAGCGCGCCCCUCCCGCGGCCCACGUCCGGCCGCGGGCCCGCACCCGCCAUCCCCUCCCCGGGACCCCACUCGGCAGCGCCUCCAGUGCCCUUCCGGCCUGGGCCAUUGCCUCCUUUCCCCAACAGCAGCGACUCGUUCGGGGCGCCUCCACAGGUUCCGUCUCGGCCCACCAGGGCCCCUCCGAGCGUCCCAAGGUUUGGUGCCAUGAAGGACGAAGCUGCCGAGCCUUGAAGUUGUGGGCUCAGGGUUCACGGACAGUUAAGCGACUUGUGGGACUAGCCUGUCUGACUCCCCAGCAGUCAUGUACUGGAAACACCCUGACUUACUUCCUCCUCAACAGCCCUCUAAGAGCACGACUUCUUUUAGCAGCUGAGUGUCUUUGGACAAGUGAUGAAUUCAUCUUGUGAUUUCUGAUUUCAGCCAUGAGCUUUCUAU